GCGUAGAGUGGAGAUAAAACAAAGCAAGUUUUAAACUACUUUAAAAAAAAACAAGGUAUGCCCUUCAUCGUGCAGGAGGUGCUUUUGCUGCUCACAUUGGGCGCAGGCAUAUUUUUGGCUUCUGUGGUGGAGGCAAAAACAGGACCUGCACAUGACAAAGUGGUUGUUUGCUAUAUUUCCACCUGGGCUGUGUAUCGACCGGGUCAAGGCGCCUAUGCCAUAGACCACUUCGAUCCGAGCUUAUGUACACAUGUGGUCUAUGCAUUCGCCGGCCUGGAUAUUACGCAGUCGGCUAUAAAGUCUCUAGAUCCCUGGCAGGAUCUAAAAGAGGAGUACGGAAAGGGUGGAUACGAGCGGCUAACCGGACUAAAGCGCACUCAUCCGCAUCUAAAAGUCUCCCUGGCCAUUGGUGGGUGGAAUGAGGGAUCGAGGAACUACUCAAUUUUGGUGGGCGAUGCUCAACAGCGUGGGCGCUUUGUCAAGCAGGUGUCGAGCUUUGUCCGAAAAUACAACUUUGAUGGUCUGGACCUGGAUUGGGAAUAUCCAACACAACGUGAUGGUAGACCUCAGGAUCGAGAGAAUUUCGUUUCGUUAACCAAAGAGCUGCGCGAUGAGUUCGAUAAUUAUGGCCUGCUAUUGACGUCUGCUAUAGGAGCGGCCAAGAAUGUCAUCGAUCAGGCCUACGAUGUGCGACAGAUUUCGCGCUAUCUGGACUUUUUACACAUUAUGUGCUACGAUUAUCACGGCAGUUGGGACCGCAAAGUAGGAUAUAAUGCGCCAUUGAUUGCAGACACUCUUGAUCCGCUGAGUGUGCAAUACAGCAUCGAUUAUCUGCUAAAGCUGGGUGCCCCACCUUCUAAGUUGGUGCUUGGGUUGCCGUUUUACGGGCGCACAUUCAAGACACCGGGUAAUGGAGUCUUGGGAGACGCUACGGAUGGUGUUGGUUUUAAGGGACCAUUUACUCGCGAAGAUGGUUUCUUAGGAUACAAUGAGAUCUGCAGCAUUUUGGGCAAUAAAACUUCAGGCUGGUUUAAGCAAUGGGAUGGGCAGACCUCCCAAGUGCUGGCCUAUUCGGAGCGGAACGUUUUUACCGGGGAAGUCAGCGUCGUUACCUUUGACAGUGCGAGGUCGAUUGCGAACAAGGUGAAAUUUGCAAUGAUGAAACGUUUGGCUGGCGUUAUGGUCUGGUCCACUGAUACCGAUGAUUUCCUAGGCAACUGUGAUCUAGAUAACGACGUCUACGCAGAUUUUAAGCUUGUAACGGCAGCGCCACGACGUCUCAAUCAGAACUAUCCACUAUUACGUACCAUUAAUGAAGCCAUUACGCUUUCCCUUGAGGAGAUAGCUGCGGAUGAGGUGGUGACACCUGACGAUGCGGAGAAUGAGAUACCGCAUGGUGGCGUCGCAGAUCGCAAGAACGCCGGCGCCUUCCUCAACAGCACUCCUUUGAGCAUUUCUGUUUUAAUCUUAUUUGUCAGUUUAAUGUGUGAGCGCCAUAGAUUUGUUGUAAAUUUGUUGGAGCUGUAG